AUUUGAUAAGUUAAUCAUAAUUAAAUGAUCGAAAAAAGCAUCAGAACAUGAAGAAAAAAUGGUUUUUAUACUAAGGUUUAAUGCUUAUCCUCGCCUAGUUUAGGAAUACUUAGUAUUAAUCAUAAAAUAGUUUAAUCAAGGGCUUUAGAUUUGAUUAAAUCAUGAAUAACACAACUAUGAAUUAAACCAGCUAUAACUGAUGCAAACGAAUGAGAAUGAACUAUAAUAAUCGUAUAAAAAGGUGCUAUUAAAUAAUUUUUAAGAACUCCCAUUAUAAUUAGCUUUAUUAGACAUCAAAAAUCAUCAAAUUUUUAGGUUGAUCACUAUAAUAAACCUCUCCUAUGCGUACAAUCCAAAAUUCAAUAUGAAUUUGUAAUUUAAAUAUACUCAGUCCUAACUUGUAAUUUCUAUCUAAAGUUGAAUGAUUUAUAGCAUUAUUAGUUAUAAGUGAGGCAAUAUCUUAGAUGGAAGGGUUUAUAGAAGUAAAAACAUAAGUAGUUUCGAAAUAUAAUGAUAUGGAAAUAAGGAAUACUAAUGUUCUCAAUUGAAGAUUAGCAGACUUUAUUAUGAUAAAUGGUGAAAGCUCUAAAAGAUUA